GCCGCGCGAGCCGCCGAGGCGGGGGCAGCCCUGGAGACCCCCGGAGAGAUGGAAGGGGUGGCCGCCUACGGCAUGGACAAGCAGUUCGCCCCCAACCCGGUGCGGAUCCUGGACCCUCCUGACAACCCGCAGGCGCGGAAGAACUUCAGCGUCAGCCACCUCCUGGAUCUCGAGGAAGUGGCCGCCGGCAUGAACGGAGCCAAGGAGCCCGGCCCGGAGGCGAGGGAGGGCGGCCAAGGGGCGCCGCAGGAGCCCUCCGGGGCCAGCAGCGGCAGCGAAGGAGGCGCGCCGCAGGACGGUGAAAGCCUGAGUCUGACUCGCAGUUCCGCCAAGCGGAAGAAGAAGCAGAGACGGAACCGGACCACCUUCAACAGCAGUCAGCUCCAGGCGCUGGAAAGGGUCUUCGAGCGGACGCACUACCCAGACGCCUUCGUGCGGGAGGAAUUGGCACGGAGGGUGAGCCUCAGCGAGGCCAGAGUGCAGGUCUGGUUUCAGAACCGCAGGGCCAAAUUCCGCCGGAAUGAGAGAGCCAUGCUGGCCAACCGAUCUGCAUCCCUCCUCAAAUCCUACAGCCAAGAUGCAGCCAUCGAGCAACCCAUGGCCCCCCGCCCGACCACCCUGAGCCCAGACUAUCUCUCCUGGUCCAGCACAUCCCCAUACAGCAGCCCGGUGCCUUCCUACAGUUCCAGCAACCCUGCUACGCCCACACAAGGGGUCAGCAUGGCCAACAGCAUUGCCAGCUUACGCCUCAAAGCCAAAGAAUUCAGCCUCCAUCAGAACCAAGUGCCCACCGUGAACUGACAGCGGGUCAUGCCGAAAUGGGUGUCCUGCCUCUUUCAAGACCCGCCCCCCCCAGUCAAGAUCUCCAGGUGAAUCCACUGGGAAACCAAGACCUUAAAAUGAUUCUCACACCAGCUCCGCUGUGCACAACCCCCCUCCCCCUCUCCCUCUUUCUGUCUCCUCCAUACCAAUACGGAAGACAGAGCCCGGUUCAACAAGCUACUAGUCCUCAAUGAGGAAUUCCCUCACCGAGCAAGGAUCCGGUCUGCUCCAAAAGUGCCCUUGUCCAUCUCUCCAGACUGAAAAGAAAUCAUGUGUUGUUGUUUUUUGCAUCGGGAGGAGCUCUGAAUUCUUCCAGACAGAAGAAAGCAACCCGCCACACUAACCUGCAUUCAGUGACUUCAAGAAACCAAAGAAUGGAUCACUGGGAGAGUUCCCAGCCCAUAUGACUGGAUGACCAAAGAUCGACUUGAGAACAGAAGUCGGAAACAUCCACAGGACGGUAUCCUCCUUCCUCUCCACUGCUUGUACGGCGUUGCUUGUGUGAGGCCGAUUCGGACUAUGCAAGGAUAGCAGGGCCAAAGUCAAUAAAACCGGCAUUUGAUUUCACACUGACGGGCUGCAGUAUCUGACAGAGAAAGAUACUCUUUUCCCCGAGUGGGUAGUGCUACUCUCCGGACCCUGCUGUACAUAUCCAUGGCCCAUUCCUGCACUGUGCAAUUGUACACGUAGGCGUAGCCAACAACACAAAGUUGCUGGAAAAUAGACUAUACCUCUGAUUUUCCCUAUCCCCUUUUCUUAAAAAAAAAAAAAAAAAAGCCAGCAGAUGGUGGGGUGGUUGCAAAAUGAUGGAAAGAUGCUGCCAGUUCGUGUAGGCAAUACUGAGCUCAGUAGACCAAGAGCCUGACUCAGAAGGCAGCUGCAAGUGCAGCUGUAGCUCAGUGAAAGAGCGUCAUGCAGGAGGUCCCAGGUUCACUCCUUGGCAGCAUCUCCAGGAAGGGCUGGGAAAGACUCCUGCCUGGAACCUUGGAGAGCUGCUGCCAGUCAGUGUAGGCAAUCCUGAGCUCGAUGGACCAAGGGUCUGACUCAGUAGAAGGCAACUCUCCCUCUGUUCCAGUCUCAUAAUAGUAGAGAUUACUCAGAAAAACCUGUGUGCCUUAAAUUCAGAGUCCUUUGGGGUAGAUACAAGUAUAAGCUGUAUUAUUUCAUCUCUAUUUUUUGAGGGGAGUGCCUUAAAUGCAGUCGUCCACUAUUCGGGUAAAUGCAGUGAUUAGAGCAUUAGAGGGCUGAUGUUGGGCAGCCCUGCCCUCGAUUCUCAAAAUGAGGAACAGAGAAAGCUGCCAUAUAUCGAGUCGAUCCUGCCGUAUUGGUCGAUCUACCUCAGUAUUGUCUACUAGGGAUGUGCAAACUGAUUCUACUCGAUUCGACUUGAAUCUAGGCGAUUCGAGCAAUUCGACUUUGAAUCAAAUCGCCCCUAAAAAGGGUAAUUGGAUUCAAAUCCAAAUCGAAUUGACUCGAUUCAAAUUUGAAUUGAUUCAAAUCGGUUCGGCAACCGUUUUAGCGCCUUUUAAAAACCAUUCCGGCACCCUGGUUGGUUUUAAAAGGUGCCAAAGCCAGGUCAAAUUGAUUUGGAUUUGAAUCGAAUCGACCCUGUUUUGAACCGAUUUGAUUUGAUUUGAGCAGAUUCGAUUUGAAUUCAGAUUGAAUCGUAAAAUCCAAUUCGUGCACAUCCCUAUUGUCUACCCAGACUGGCAGUGGCUUCUCCAAGGUUGCAGGCAGGAGUCUCUCCCAGCCCUGUCUUGGAGAUGCUGCCAGGGAGGGGACUUGGAACCUUCUUGCUUUUUUCAGAGUGGCCCCAUCCCCUAAGGGAAAUAUCUUGCAGUGCUCACAUGUAGUCUCCCAUUCAAAUGCAAACCAAGAACAGCGUAGCUGGAUCAGGCCCAAGGCCCAUCUAGUCCAGCAUCCUGACCCACCAGAUGCCUCUGAGAAGCCCACAGGCAAGAGGUGAGGGCAUGCCCUCUCUCCUGCUGUUGCUCCCCUGCAACUGGUAUUCAGAGGCAUCUUGCCUCUGAGGCUGGAGGUGGCCUAUAGCCACCAGACCAGUAGCCAUUGAUAGACCUGUUCUCCAUGAAUUUGUCCAGGCCCCUUUUAAAGCCAUCCAAGCUAGUGGCCAUCACCACAUCCUGUGGCAGAGAAUCCCACAGAUUCACUAUGCGCUGUGUGGGAAAGUGCUUCCUUUUAUCAGUCCUAAAUUUUAAUAAAUUAUAAAAGGAAAAUCCUUCCUUUUAUCAGUCCUAAAUUUUGCAGCCUUCAGUUUCAUGGGAUGAUCCCUGGUCCUAGUGUUCUGAGAGAGGGAGAAACAUGACUCUCUGUCCACUCUCUCUCUCUCUCUCUACUCCAUGCAUAAUUUUAUAAAGCAAGUACAGGAAGGCAAUCCUGGUUCUCCGGCUUGGUCUGUAUCUGCCCCAUCCCCAGUCUAGGACCGAACUAAACUGUAGCUAAUCUAAAGCAUAGUGUAAGAGCUGGCCUGGAUUGAGGAAUGGAUUCAUUUGAAACACCACAGGCAACUUUGUAGAAUCACCAGAAAAUAAACUGGCUGGAACCACCUUUACCCAGCAAAUGCAAAGCCCCAGUGUGAGCACUGCCAAUUUCUGUGUUGUCCGAAACCACCAUCCUCUGGUUCCAGAGCCACCUUUCCCUUCACCACCCAACUUCAAAUGUACGUAGGAACACAGGAAGCUUCCUUGGUAUAAGCUCAGUAUUGUCUUGAUAUAAGUUCAGUACAAUCUACCAGCUCAGUAUUGUCUACAUGUCCUGCCUGAAACCUUGGAGAACCAGAUGGCAGUCUGUAAGUAUUGUCUUACCAAUAAGCUCAGUACUGUCUUGGUGUAAGCUCAGUAUUGUCCUACCAAGAAGCUUACUAAUAUUGCCUUACCAAGUAUUGUCUUACCAAUAAGCUCAGUGUUGUCUUGGUAUUAGCUCAGUAUUGUCUACACAUCCUGCCUGAAACCUUGGAGAGCCGCUAGCAGUCAGGGUAAAUAAUACAGAGCAAGUAGACAAUAUUGAGCACAGACCAAGGCAACUACUGAUAUAAGCUCAGUAUUGUCUUGGUAUAAGCUCAGUACUGUCUACAAGCUCAGUAUUGUCUACAUGUCCUUCCUGAAACCUUGGAGAGCCGCUGGCAGUCAGAGUAGAUAAUACAGAGCAAGUAGACAAUACUGAGCACAGACCAAGGCAACUACUGAUAUAAGCUCAGUAUUGUCUUGCUAUAAGCUCAGUAUUGUCUCCAUCAGGGGCAGGCAACUUUGGCUCUCCUGUUUUUUGAACCACAUCACCCCAUCCUCCCCAGCCACAAUUGUGGCGCCUUCUACAAUCACUCUGCUUUCUUCUCCAGCCAUGAGUUCCAAGGGACACUUAUGGAGAUUCUCAGGGCGGCCUCACACAACCAUCAGAAAGCCAGUCACUCCAGCUGUGAGGCCAAGGCCAAGUGUGGGUGCAUUAUGCUUCAUUUCCAAAGCCAGCAUUAAUAUAGGGGCCUGUACAAAGCCUUUACAGCUUACGUGGCACGGAAGUUAAGAUGGGCGCCUUAGCUUGCAAUUUCCAUGCUUUUUAGAACACAAGCGAACACGUAAAGCAUCUUCACUCACCUCUUAAACCAAAGGUUUCUGGAUGACUGAAUUUACAAUCUGGUUGCCUGACAAAUGGAAGUGGACAUCGCCCACACUACAAACGUAGAUCCUAGCUACAGAAGCUACAGCCGAUGUGUUAGACCUCUUGUUCUCUCACUCAGCUAAUUCUCCCGAGCAGUUGAGAAGCAGGAGAACUGGGUUAAGCAAGACAAUAAAAAGCAAAAGCCUGUCAAGCAUCUAACUUUUCCUUCGCGGUCAGCAUGGUAUCAAGGUAGAGCCCUCCUGGUUAGCUUCUUUCAGAAGAGAGUCUCCACAACAAUCUUCUGUGGCUGUCUGCUUUUCUUGCAGUGAAUGUAGCAAGUAGAUAGGCGUCCCCUCCUUCCCAGAAAGAGCUGGCAUGAAAUGCCAGCAGGAUAUAGGGAGUCCUAGCAGGAAAAGCUAGCAGGAUAUUUCCUAGCUAGCAGGAAAUGCUUUUCCCAGAAAAGCGAAAGCAAGAAAUUAUCUCUUUCCCAGAAAGAGAUAGCUGGAAAUGUUAGCGGGAUAUGGGAAGUGCUAGCAGGGAAUGCUAGUGGAGUAUUUCCUAGCUAGCAGGAAAUGCUUUUCCCAGAAAAGCGAAAGCAAGAAAUUAUCUCUUUCCCAGAAAGAGAUAGCCGGAAAUGUUAGCGGGAUAUGGGAAGUGCUAGCAGGGAAUGCUAGUGGAGUAUUCCCUAGCUAGCAGGAAACUCUCUCUUUCCUGGAAAUCGCUAGGAAAGGUCCCAGUUUCCCAGGCGCCCUGGGCAUUGUACUUGUGGGAGGAGGUGACCCAGAAAUCCCAAACAGAAUUCUCAGCAUUCUCACUAAAUGACAAUCCCCAUGAUUCUUUGGGAGGGGCAAGUAAUGACAAUCAAAGCCAUAGAGACCAGUCUGUGUUACAAACCAAGCCCAGGUGGCUAUUCUGGAGAUGGCGAGAUCAAUCAUGUUCAUUUGAGCAACACGGCACGCCAUCUUCCAGUGGGUGUUGUUUUGAUGGAAUCGUCAGCAAGUCAAAAAGAGGGGACCACCUUCUCCGACAGAAGCCCACACAGCAUCCAUCUAAAGGGAUGGAGGAGGAACCGUGCAUCCCUGCUUCCGUCCCCAGCGUUAAUCGUGAGAGGAUAUACAAUGGAUUUUAGAUGUGUCUGAUUGCAAGGAACGUUCUCUGUUUCAAAAUGGCGGCCAUCAGGGGAUGGAAGCUGGUCACAGUGGCCAAUCCAGUCUGAUUCUAUUGAUUGUCUUACCUCUGUGCUUACAAAAUAAAUACCAAAUAGUUUUUACA